UCAAUUCUCAACGUCAGCUGUCAAAUCACAAAUGACAUUUCGAGUUUGACAUUAAACGAAAUUGAUAGCAUUUUUAAUUCGAAUUUAUUUUAACUUUUUUAACUUUAAAUUGCACAUACAAAUUAUAAUUUCGCCUUUUAAACUUUGUGUUCAGCCAUGACAGAACAGCAGAUGGAUUGCGCUCUAGAUUUGAUGCGGAGGCUGCCUCCUCAGCAGAUUGAGAAGAAUUUGACCGAUUUGAUCGAUUUGGUGCCGAGUUUGUGCGAGGAUCUGUUGUCGUCUGUUGACCAACCAUUGAAGAUCGCACAGGACCGGAGCAACGGGAAGGAUUACUUGUUAUGCGAUUACAACCGUGAUGGUGACUCUUACCGAUCUCCCUGGUCGAACACGUAUGACCCACCACUUGAAGACGGAUCUAUGCCUUCUGAGAGGUUAAGGAAGUUAGAAAUCGAGGCGAAUCACGCAUUCGACCAAUACAGGGAAAUGUAUUUUGAAGGUGGAGUCAGCUCUGUCUAUUUGUGGGACAUGGAUCAUGGUUUUGCAGGUGUGAUUCUUAUAAAGAAAGCUGGAGAUGGUUCCCAGAAGAUCAAAGGUUGCUGGGACUCCAUCCAUGUGGUGGAAGUGGUGGAGAAGAGCUCUGGAAGGAAUGCCCACUAUAAGUUGACCUCUACUGCUAUGCUGUGGCUACAGACUAAUAAGGAAGGCAGUGGGACCAUGAACCUUGGUGGCAGUUUGACUAGACAGGCAGAGCAAGAUUCAGCAGUGAGCGAUGUAACCCCUCACAUUGCCAACAUUGGUCGCAUGGUGGAAGAUAUGGAGAAUAAGAUUAGAAACACACUCAAUGACAUAUAUUUUGAUGGAAUGGAGAUUUUGGGUUAAAUUUUAACAACGACGUCUACAGGACAAAAGAUGGAUAAUUGUUAAACAUGUAGGUCUAUAUAAAUGUUACACAAAUAGAUAUCAGUGUCAAUACAUACACAAAUAAAUAUAUUAUUAUAUUUCACGUAAGCUUGUAUGUUGAUGGCAUCCCUUAGGGUGCACUACUUUGUAAGAUUUAAAUUGUUAGUAAACAUGCAUAUGUAAGUAUAGUCCUUUUCAUGAAAGAAGUCCUUCAGACGCGGCGCUAAUGUCUUAAUGACGCUUAUUGGUAUUUGUGUAAGGCGCUGUUUUAGUUCAGAUUUUAGCCGCCGGACUUAUUUCAUGAAAAGGACUCUACUCGUUUGUAAAUAUAUUUUCGCUAAUUAAAAAAUCUGCUUAUUGCUUCGGCCUUAUGAACUGGCAGGUGUCGAAGGACUUGAAAAAGAAGAAUUAAAAAAUCUAUUUAGUGCGAGUAGAGAGAGUAGUAACGAGUCCGUUUAUGUCAAGUAUACUCGUAUGAACUCUUGCCACGCAAUCAUUCAUAUCCGGCCGCUCAGAAUUUGCGUUUCUGACAGGUCGUGAUCGAAUGAGCGAUGUUACUUUGAACUGGCGAAUAAGGUUGUUGAACUGAACACUGAACUGAAAGUGAUGAAACAAAAAACGCAGCAUUGAAUAUGUUUGAACUUUCGAUCACGACCUGUUAGAAACACAAUUUCUGAGCGGAUAUUAUGUAGCAGAGGGAAAUUGUUGCGAUAUUAUGUAACAAUGUUUUUUUUUAAUUUUUAUAACUCAACAGUGUCAGAUUCGACUUUUUCCUUACCUCUUUCUAUAGUACCAUGUUAGAAAGAGAGAUUAAAAACAAAUUCUCAUAAUAACUAUCAGAAACUAAAUAAAUUUAUAAAAUUGUUUAAAUUCUCGUCAAUAAAGGCAACAAUUUCAGAUUGUCUAACAAUUUAAAUCUUUACACAUAGUAUUUUAACAUAGUAUGUUUGAAUUAUGUUUUUUACUCUAUAGUAAGAGAAUUAGAAAUUGAUUAGAGAAAUUUUUGUCCAAAAAGCCGUGUUUAAUUGUUUUAGAGAAAACAAACAUUUCAAUGUAUUCUUUGAUAGCUCAACAAAUUUGAUUUAUUAUUAUUUUUAUAUAAGAACAAUUCGAUUUUUAAAAGAAAUCUUACUAGUAAUAAAUGUUCUAAAUUAAUUAUUUUACCAAUUUCUGUGCGUCUUACGUCCUGUAAAUAUAUAAACAAAUUUUGACAGCUGUAAAAUUACAGCACUUCGUAAAAUUUUAAACUUUAAAGACACUGCCAAGGUUUUUAUACUAAUUUAUAAAUUUUUAUUUGAAAAUAAAGCGCAUUUAACUUAGUUUUAAUUCUUUUUCCAAUUCGACGUGGUUUUUUGGACAAAAUUAUUGUUAGGAAAACGCAUUUUGCUUUAUUAAUAAAUCGUUAAUUUAUAUUUUAGCCCAAAAUGAUGGUAAAAAUUAUAAGAUAAUUUUAUAUAUCUUAAAUUGCAUUUUCAUUAUUUAGUUUAUAUUUAUUGUAAAUUAGAAAAUGGUAUUAUAAAUAAUUAAGGUAUUCUGUAAAACAAUAAGGCGUCAGUGUAUUAACUGUAUAAAUAGUUGUAAAAAGGCAACAUGUCAUAGUUGUUUAUGUUGCCCAUAAGAGCAAAAUUAGACGGUUCAUUAUGUACUAUUUUAUAGUAUCUUUUAUCUAGAGGACCCGGUCAAGCUUCGCUUUGACUAAUGUGCGCUUCUUCCCUACCUUUCCCUACUUUAACCCUACCCUACUCCUACUCCUACCCUACCACACACACCCUACCCUACUACAUGUUAUGUAUCAGAGAUGGCGUUGUAUGUGAAAAAAGAUUUUCCCGCUUUUCUGUUGAAAUUUUUCCUGAAUUUUCUUUGCUAUAAACCUCACGGAGCCCGAGACCUUUCCAACGAAUGCAAAACCGUGGAAAUCGGUUCGUGCGUUCUGGAGAUAUAGUAGAUUACACUCAAGAAAAUAAGUACUAUACAUAUUAUAGUGCCUCCACAGUUACCGCAGUGACUCUUUACAAGCAACGUACUGAAGCCGGUGAAACUGUCAAAAAAAACGAACGUCACGCUCUCUCCUCUUGACAACCGCAUAUACAAUUUUUUUUUCAUAAUUUGUAUUUAAAAAUUUAACACUAACAACAAUUACGUAAAUUAAUAUAAUAAACAAUAAACACCAUUAAAAAUUCUCCAUAUUAUUUAUCCUUUAGUUUUUGUGAACAGUUUUCAAAAUAUUUAAAAAUAUAAGACGCCAUUUUUCUUGAAUAAUACUGAAAAUUACUGAUACGACAGUUCGUGUCGCUCUGACUCGAGAAUGUAUUUCUGUUUGAAUUUUGUAUCGUACCUGAGAAUUUUCUUAAUUAUCCACGUGUGUGAAAUCUGCCAAUCCGCAUCGGCCCAGCGUGGUAGACUAAGGCCUAACCCCUCAUUCUGAGAGGAGACUCGUGCUCAACAGUGAGCCGAAUAGGGGUUCUUGGUGAUAAUAAUGAUAGUUUGUGAUGGACCGUCUAAUGUUGCACUAAUAGGCUUGCCCCUUUGGGAUAAUUCAAUUAUAAUAAAUCUUCCUCCAUAAUACAACAAUUUUAAAUUGGCCUCUCUAUAAAUAAAGUUAUAUUUAUCUGAA